AUGGAGAAUCGCCAGUCGCAAACGCAAGUUCGAGAUAGACAAGGAAACCUCGUGCAGGCAUUGCGUAUACACCCUUUCAAGACCGGCAUACUGGAUGCCGGGGGCAGACUCGUGGCAGACUCGGUGAGCAGCAUGCAGGGCUUCAUCAAUCGGCGUCAUCAGGUGUUCGUCGUCAAGGUACAUUUCGACCAUCAGCGGCGGAUGACGGUCAUGGUAAAAGACAGGAUAGUCGCACAGAGUGGACGAGCCAUACAUGCCCAUUGCCCCGUCUCAGAAGGAAGCUAUGGCAGCGCAGCCACGCCGCCGCGCCGCCGCGCCAUUGCAAAUCCCACGCUUCUUCGCGACUGGCUCGAGCCACAAUGGCAGAAUAGCCUGAGCCAGUGGCGGAAAACCGCGGCCUGA